AUGAUGUCUUUCCUUGCUCUUCUCUCCUUCCGAUCCCCACCCUCCUUCCUUUCCCCACCACCCUCCUUCCUUUCCCCACCACCCUCCUUCCUUUCCCCACCCUCCUUCCUUUCCCCACCACCCUCCUUCCUUUCCCCACCCUCCUUCCUUUCCCCACCCUCCUUCCUUUCCCCACCACCCUCCUUCCUUUCCUCGCCAUCCUUCCUUUCUCCACCCUCCUUCCUUUCUCCACCCCGUACCCCGCCCUCCUUUGCUUCCCCAUCCCGUGCCUUUCUCAACUCAGCCUCGAAGCCCUGCCUUGGGAUCUAUCCCUCCUCCUCUGCUCUCUCCCUCCAUCUUUCUCUCCUCGCCUCUCUCCUCCCCCACCUCCGCCCUCAUCUCUUUCCUCAUCCUCUUCCCGCUCCUGCAACUGUCUCAUCAGCAACACCUCAGCCGCACAUGCCUGCCUGCUGCCUCCCUUCCACUCGCUCCUCCCCCUCUCACCUCCGCCCUUCUCUCCUAUCCCCGACUCCCCCUCCAUCCCCUCCACACCCUCAUCUCCCUCCUCUUCCCAACCCAUCUCUUCCUCUCCCCCUCUCGACCUCCUUCCCACUCACAGCUGCCGCAGCCGCCGUUCCCGGCGUCGCCUCUGCUGCUAGUUCUCGUCACCAGAACAAGGCUCGACACCCAUUUCUGCACGUCCCUUCGAUUUGUAUCAUUCCUCUCCAGCUCCUUCUCCUUACCAUUCUCCUUCCCUCUCUCCCCCUGUCUUUCCCCCAUUCGUCCCCUCCCUCUUUCCCCACCUCUCUCCCCGCCUCUCUUUCCCCCUCUCUGCUCAACCUUGCCACGUGUGCUGGUCUCAACCUUGCCACGUGUGCUGGUCACAUCUGA